AUGGCGACGUCGGGAACAUACGUGACGGAGGUUCCUUUAAAGGGAACGGCGGAGAAACACUACAAGAGGUGGAGGAACGAGAACCAUAUCUUCCCUGACGCCGUCGGCCACCACAUCCAAAGUGUCACCGUUCACGACGGCGAAUGGGAUUCUCACGGCGCUAUAAAAAUUUGGAACUACACAUUGGAUGGAAAGCCGGAGGUCUUCAAGGAAAGGAGAGAGCUAGAUGAUGAGACCCAAACGGUGACGUUUAGAGGAUUGGAGGGCCAUGUGAUGGAGCAGCUCAAGGUGUAUGAAGCCAACUUCCAGUUUAUUCCCAAAUCUGAAGAUGGUUGCGUCUGCAAAAUCACUUUUGUAUGGGAGAAGCGCAACGAUGACUUCCCUGAUCCAAGCAACUACAUGAAAUUCAUCAAGAGCUUGGCUGCUGACAUGGAUGACCACGUCAUCAAAGCUUAA